UGUCACAUUUUGGAACAGAUGCGUCUUAAAAUUUCCGUGUUUGCAAAGUAAUACCGCAACUCAAAAUGGCAUGUAAAACCAAAGAUGAAUGCAAACGAGAAGCAGGCUCUAAACCUAUUUACGACGUGAGAGCGAGAACUAUUUUCGAUUCCCGCGGGAACCCGACGGUCGAAGUGGACCUGUUUACUAAUUUGGGGAUAUUUCGAGCGGCCGUUCCUUCUGGAGCAAGCACGGGUAUUCACGAAGCCUUAGAACUUCGAGACAAUGUCCCGACGGAAUUCCAAGGCAAAGGUGUCUCCAAAGCGGUUAGCAACGUGAACGAUAUCAUCGGACCGGCAUUAGUCAAACAAAAUUUUGAUGUCAUGCAACAGGAAGAAAUUGACGAGUUCAUGAUUAAACUCGAUGGAACUGACAACAAAGCAAAUUUGGGGGCUAAUUCUAUCUUAGGGGUGUCGCUAGCUGUUUGUAAAGCUGGUGCGGCGAAAAGAGGUCUUCCAUUGUACAGACAUAUAGCGGAUUUGGCAGGGGUGAAGGAGUUGGUAUUACCGGUACCCGCACUGAAUGUCAUCAAUGGCGGAUCGCACGCGGGAAACAAGUUGGCGAUGCAGGAGUUUAUGAUUUUGCCAACCGGUGCGUCCUCGUUCCACGAUGCUAUGAAGAUGGGCGCCGAAACUUAUCAGAUGCUGAAGAAAAUGAUCAAAGACAAGUACGGCUUGGAUGCUACUGCGGUUGGUGACGAAGGGGGUUUCGCGCCAAAUAUACAAAACAACAAGGAAGUGCUGACCAUAUUAAAUGAAGCUAUUGCGAAGGCCGGGUAUACUGGCAGGAUCGAAAUAGGGAUGGAUGUGGCUGCGUCAGAAUUUUAUAAAGACGGAUUAUACGACUUGGAUUUCAAGAACCCCAAGAGCGACAAGAAGAACUGGAUUAAAUCUGACAAACUGCUUGCGAUUUAUCAAGACUUUAUAAAAUCUUUCCCCGUAUGUUCCAUUGAGGACCCAUUCGACCAAGACGAUUGGGAGGCUUGGGCCAGUAUAACUGCCAAUACAACCAUUCAAAUUGUCGGUGACGAUCUCACCGUUACAAAUCCGAAACGCAUUCGGACGGCCGUUGACAAAAAGGCAUGCAACUGUUUACUGCUGAAAGUAAACCAGAUUGGUACUGUGACCGAAUCUAUCAGGGCUCAUUUGUUGGCCAAACAGAAUGGUUGGGGUACCAUGGUAUCUCACAGAUCUGGUGAAACCGAAGAUACUUUUAUAGCCGACUUGGUAGUGGGUUUAUCUACAGGUCAGAUAAAGACAGGCGCGCCUUGCAGAUCCGAACGUUUAGCAAAAUAUAAUCAAAUACUUAGAAUCGAGGAGGAGUUGGGACCGAACGUGAGAUAUGCAGGAAAAGCAUUUAGGAAACCUUUAUAA